AUGAAGUUUUACCAGCACCCUCUGGCCUUGGCAUUUGCGGUAGAUGAAAUCAACACGAAUUCCAAGAUCUUGCCUAAUGUCACACUUGGGUUCCACAUCUAUGACACUUACAAUGAUGAUAAGAUGACCUACCACACCACUCUGGACCUUCUCUAUAAACUCCGUAGAUAUUUUCCUAAUUAUGAAUGUGACGUCCAGAAGAACCUAAUGGCCAUCAUAGGUGGACUUGGUUCUGAUGUUUCCUUUCACAUGGUGGACAUUCUGCUUCUCUAUAAGAUUCCCCAGCUCCACCAAUAUCUUCAACGCAUUUCAUUUAACAAUUCGGCAGGAGAAACAGUGUCUUUUAAUUAUAAUACAGAAAUAGGAGGUGGCUUUGAUGUCAUGAACUUGGUCAUAUUCCCAAACAAGUCUUAUAAUAAAGUGAAAAUAGGAAAGGUGGGUCCCGAUUAUUUGGAAGGAAAAGAAUUGCUCAUUGAUGAGAACAGCAUUCUGUGGCAGAGUCGCUUUAACCAGGUCGUGCCGAUUUCACUGUGCAAUGAUCGCUGCCAUCCUGGUUAUCAUAAGAAAAAGAGGGAUAAGGAGCUAUUCUGCUGCUAUGAUUGUGUUCCUUGCCCAGAGGGAAAGAUUUCAAACCAGAAAGAUAUGGAGGACUGUAUAAAUUGCCCAGAAGAUCAGUACCCAAGCAAGGACAAAGAUCAGUGCAUUCCCAGGACAAUCAGCUUUCUGUCUUCUGAUGAACCUCUAGGGAUCUGUUUAGCUUCAAUUGCACUUUCUUUUUCCCUAAUCACUGUGUGGGUGCUGGCAAUUUUUAUUAAGCACAGAGAUACCCCUAUAGUCAAAGCCAACAACCGGGAUAUCACCUACGCUCUCCUUGUCUCUCUCUUCCUCUGCUUCAUUUCUUCUUUGCUGUUCCUUGGACAACCUACCAAGGCGACCUGCUUCCUCCAGCAAUCUGCUUUUGGCAUCAUCUUCUCAGUGGCUGUUUCUUGUGUCUUGGCCAAAACCAUCACUGUGGUUGUCGCAUUCAUGGCCACCAAACCGGGGUCCAGCAUGAGGAAAUGGGUGGGGAAAAGAAUAACCAACUCCAUUGUCCUUCUUUGCUCCCUUAUUCAAGCAGGCAUAUGUGUGCUGUGGCUCGGAAUGUCUCCUCCAUACCCAGAUUUAGACAUGAAGUCCCUGAAUACACAGAUGGUAGCACAAUGUAGAGAAGGGUCUGCCAUCAUGUUUUAUAGUGUUUUGGGCUACUUGGGAUUUCUGUCCCUCGUCAGCUUGACCGUAGCUUUCCUAGCCCGGAAGUUGCCAGACACAUUUAAUGAGGCCAAGUUCAUCACCUUCAGCAUGCUGAUGUUUUGCAGUGUUUGGUUGUGUUUUGUCCCAACCUAUCUGAGCACCAAAGGGAAAUACAUGGUAGCUGUGGAGGUCUUCUCUAUCUUGGCUUCCAGUGCCGGGUUACUGGGCUGUAUCUUCUCCCCCAAAUGCUACAUCAUUCUGUUGAGGCCUGAGCUGAAUCAAAGAGGACAGUUAGUACGAAGACGGAAUUAA